AAAAUCACAAAGAAAAGAAAAAGAAUAUAUGUCGUCGACGUAAUCAUGCUUCUUUCAGUUAUUUCAGUUUCUUCCUACCUGUUGGCAUUUAUUGAAUUCCCAUGUAUUUAAGGAUGACAAGGUAUGUGAUAUUUGCAACGUUCCUCUUCUACGGCAGCGUGUCCGCGUGGACUCAGGAGGACCUUGAGCUCUUCGACGUGGUGGAAGAUGUCAACGAAAAUUUCUACUCCUUCCUCGGUCUGUCGAAAGACGUCGACACCGCGGGCAUCAAGAAAGCGUACAGAAAAUUGUCGCUUCAGUAUCACCCCGACAAAAAUAAGGAGCAGGGCUCGGAAGACAAGUUUCGAAAGAUAGUGGCAGUGGUAGAAAUCCUGAAAGAUGAGGAAAAGAGGAAAAAAUACCAUUCGAUCCUGGAAAACGGCUUGCCCGAUUGGCGCCAGCCGGUCUUUUACUACAGGAGGGUCCGCAAGAUGGGCAUGAGCGAGCUGUGCGUGUUUCUGCUCGUCCUCGUCACUCUAGGGCAACACGUCGUCGCCUGGGCCGCCUACUGGGAGCGCAAGUUCGAGCUGGAAGAGACGGUGCUCGCCAAGUUCAAGCGGAGAGACAAGAGGUCCAAAAAAGCUAACAGUGCCGUUGAGGACGAAAUUCGCGCCUCGUACAUAGAGAGCCUCGAAAAGCCGCAGUACCGGGACCUGCUCGUGGUUCGUUUGGUCUUAUUCUUGGCGUACGUCGUGCGAAACUUACCCUCCAUAACUCGGGAGUGCCUAAGACAAAUACAGGAGCGACGGAAUAGGGUUGUCGAGGAAGCAAGUAGCGAAGACGAAGCGUACGACGACAGAAGCGAGCGGGAACGCAGGCCCAAACGGCGCGUGCGCGUGAUUCCGGAGGCCUCCGAGGUCACCUCAAACCUGUCUCCACCAUCGACAGAGUCUUCGACGAGCAGGGAAAGCGAGGCCACCUGCUCGGACACUUGCAAGACUCCGUGGAGCGAAGACGACACCGUGGCCCUGAUCAGGGCGAUGAAGAAGUACCCCACAGGCACCGUGGAGCGGUGGCAGAAGAUUGCAGACCUGCUAAACCGCACUGCAGAUGAAGUCAUCCUCGUCAUGAAGCAGCUGAAGAAGUCCAACCUCACCGCCAACAUCGUACCGCAUGCUCAGGGUGUGACGGCCCACGACUACGAAAGCGUGACGGCGUUUGACCAGGCGCCGACGAUCAGGUUGCUGGCAGACUCUGCGGACGGUGGCGCCCAGCCAUUGCAGAAGGCGGACGACUGGAGCCAGGCGCAGCAGAAGUGCAUGGAGGCUGCACUGCAGAGGUUUCCCAAGGGCACCGAGGAUCGGUGGGACAGGAUUGCCGAGGCCGUGCCUGGCAAGUCUAGGGAAGACUGUAUGCUCAGGUUCAAGUUCCUCGUGGAGGCACUCCGGAGGCGAAAGGUUGAGGAAAAGUCUAAAACAAAUUAAAGGGACGCUUUUCGCGCGGUUGUUUAUGGAUAUAUAUAAAUAUAUAUUUAUUUUCA